AGAGAGAGAGAGAGAGAGAAGCGCACUGGAGUUCUCCGCGACACAGCGCGCGUCACGCGUCCAGUAGAAACUUCACUCGCUUCGGACCCGAUUUCGCCAAGACGCGGCGCGCUGCCACCCGCGCGUUUGAAGUAUUUUGGAGUAUAAUGACAUCAUAACAGGAGUUCCUUAUCCUCGUCGCCCGAUGUAACUAAGUUUUUAUGCGUCUUCGCUGUUUUUGCAUAAGGAAUGGACGUAAGAAGAGCGAAUAUGGGAUAAUUGUGUGUGGCACUGGAAGCCGCAGUUGAGACCAUGAGCCAGAACGCGCUGUCAUUUCCAACGCGGCAUAUGAGUGACGUUCCCGUCAGCAGGGUUGCUUUGCCGCCCCUUGUUCUGUCGUCAUGACCGCCGGUGAGGAGACAGAACCAGCCCAUUGGCCGGACCGGGUUGAAGUCAGCCUGACUACAUCAGCUCAGUCCGACGGUCCAGGCCUCGAGGAGGCCGAGGACCUGCCCGCUGGACUCUCUGGAAGUGUCGAAGCAUCAUGGGAGUCCACUGGCAGCGUGGCAGAAGUGAAGGAGAACGGGCAGCUUCCGUAUCCAUCCUUGGCACCGGUUGUCUUCUUCUGGCUUCAUCAGCGCACACGACCCCGCAGCUGGUGCCUAAAGCUGGUGUGCAGCCCAUGGUUUGAGCGCAUCAGCAUGCUGGUGAUCCUGCUCAACUGCGUCACGCUCGGCAUGUUUCAGCCCUGCCAGGAUCUGGAGUGCCAUUCGGACAGGUGCAGCAUCCUGCAGGCAUUCGAUGACUUCAUUUUUGCGUUCUUUGCCGUGGAGAUGGUGAUUAAAAUGGUGGCCCUGGGGGUGUUCGGUCCGAAAUGUUACCUUGGUGAUACCUGGAACCGCCUUGACCUCUUCAUCGUCAUGGCUGGGAUGUUGGAGUAUUCUUUAGAUGGACACAACGUCAGUUUCUCCGCCAUCAGAACCGUGCGGGUUCUCAGACCGUUAAGAGCCAUCAACAGAGUUCCCAGUAUGCGUAUUCUGGUGACCCUAUUGUUGGAUACUCUGCCCAUGCUAGGAAACGUCUUGCUGCUUUGUUUCUUUGUUUUCUUUAUAUUCGGGAUUGUCGGCGUGCAGUUGUGGGCGGGGCUUCUUCGUAACCGCUGCUUCCUCGACAGCAACAUCAGAACGCUGUAUAAUGUGUCUGAGUCUCUAAACGAAUACUACAAACCGGAUGAGUCGGACGACAUUCCCUUCAUUUGCUCGACUGCUCGAGAGAACGGAAUGCUGCACUGCUCCAGUAUCCCGCAGCGCAGGGAGGGGGGAGCUCGAUGUGAACUCAGUGCCGAUAAUGUCACGGAUCAUGUUUUCAAACAGUCCUUUCAUCAUGCAUGUGUGAACUGGAACAUGUAUUACAGCAACUGCAAAGCAAGUGAACACAAUCCACAUAACGGGGCCAUCAACUUUGACAACAUUGGAUAUGCAUGGAUUGCCAUUUUUCAGGUUAUUACGUUGGAAGGAUGGGUGGAUAUCAUGUAUUAUGUAAUGGAUGCACAUUCCUUUUACAACUUCAUCUAUUUCAUCUUCCUUAUUAUUGUAGGCUCCUUCUUUAUGAUCAACCUGUGCCUGGUUGUCAUAGCAACACAGUUCUCCGAGACCAAACAACGGGAGAACCAGCUCAUGAAGGAGCAGCGGGCCCGUUUCCGUAGCAACGAGUCCACCAUCGCUAGCUUGGCCGAACCAGGAUCCUGCUACGAAGAGAUGCUAAAAUACCUCGCCCACAUCUGCCGUAAACUUUGUCGGCACGUCACUCGCUUCUACGGCGAAUUGUGCCCGAAGAGGCGAAGGGGCGAUGCCAAUUCCAACAGCUCCUUGACGGGAGGCGGGACUAAUGGAUAUUGGGCUGACAAUGGGACAAAGAUGGGACCGUCGCAAUACUUUAUGACUCAUUGUUAUCAUAAUCAUCAUCACAAUUACAUCGGUAAUGGCAUUGAAAUGAAAACCCUUCAUGCUGAUAGAGACACUCAGAAUUGCAAAAAGAGUCCAUCUCUUCCACUAACACUGCAGAAUUUAAAGGGUUUAAAGUUCAGUAUGAACUACCCCACCAUAAUGCCCUCCAAACUGUCCUCAAACUCACAUAAUCGCCAAAACAGGACAGGUGGUGCCAAGGGACCAGCAUUGCAUCAUGGACACCAUGGCAGGAAGAUCUCAGUUUGUGGUGGAUUUCAGGAUACCUACAAGAUGCAACACGGUGUGUAUCCUGGCACAUGCUCAAGUGUGUGUGUGGAUGGGAGGGCGGGGAUGGCGUCAUCUGAACUGUCUUCCUGCCCAAUUUGCGCCCAGGAAGGUGAUGGUGUCAACUGUGAUUCCAACGGUGAAUCGGACCCGGAGAAACAGGGGCCAGAUGUCGGCACAGACCAGAGCAGAUUAAACCAGGACAUGGAAGAAAAGGAGUCUGGGAGAAAGAAUUGUGUGUUUAUGUGCGUUCAUCAUAUCCGAGUUGUGCUGAAGCGGAUUGUGGAUAGCAAAUACUUCAACAGAGGGAUAAUGAUCGCAAUCCUCAUCAAUACACUCAGCAUGGGUGUAGAGUACCAUGAACAGCCGGAGGAGUUAACAGUCGCGCUGGAGAUCAGUAAUAUUGUCUUUACAAGUUUGUUUGCGUUAGAAAUGGUUUUGAAACUUUCAGCCUGUGGUGUGUUUGACUACAUCAGCAACCCCUACAACAUCUUCGAUGGCAUUAUUGUCAUCAUCAGUGUGUGCGAGCUCGUCGGACAGGCGGAAGGAGGGUUUUCGGUUUUAAGGACGUUUCGUUUGCUGAGGGUCCUGAAGCUGGUGCGGUUCCUCCCCGCUCUGCGCAGGCAGCUGGUGGUACUGAUGAAGACCAUGGACAAUGUGGCCACUUUCUGCAUGCUGCUAAUGCUCUUCAUCUUCAUUUUUAGUAUAUUGGGUAUGCAUCUGUUUGGGUGUAAGUUCAGCCGUCUGGAGAAUGGAGACACGAUCUCGGAUCGGAAGAACUUCGAUUCAUUGCUCUGGGCCAUCGUCACGGUGUUCCAGAUCCUGACCCAGGAGGACUGGAAUGUGGUUCUGUAUAACGGCAUGGCCUCCACCUCUCCAUGGGCGGCUCUGUACUUCGUAGCCCUGAUGACUUUUGGGAAUUAUGUCCUCUUCAAUUUAUUGGUUGCCAUCUUAGUAGAAGGCUUCCAGGCUGAGGGUGAUGCCAGCAGGUCAGAUACUGAUGAUAUGUCUUCUGACUAUGAUGAUGAGGACAAACUGAGAGAACUGCUGAACUCAGGACCAGAAUUGAAAAUGCAGACAUUAAUGCCCAUCUCAAACGGACACCUGGAACCCCGAGCAUCCAUGCCGCCUCACAGCAAUGCCACGCCCAGAACCGAAGUGUCACACGUCUACAGCCAAUCACGUCGCAACAGCAAUACCUCCACCGAACCCCAUGACCAGAGAUCUCUGUCGAGUCUUUGGGGAAGUCGUCGCUCCAGUUGGAACAGUCUCGGCCACGCCCCCAGUCUGAUCAGACGUGUGCAGUCAGGGGAGCGCGAGUCGCUGCUUUCAGGGACAGGACAUGACAGCAUGGAUGACAACCAAUCGGAUGACGGGAAAUCCAGCAGGACUGGCAGUCUGGGCGGAGUCUCGUGUAUGGGGUCGUUUGAUUUGGACCUCCUGCAGGUUCCACGCCCAUAUAUGGAAUGUAAUGGGAGAUUAGAUGUAGGAUAUCCAUCCUCUCCAAACGUCACACACCCAGAAUUACCAUCCACACAAGGGGCAGAUGAUGAGGACUUUGAGGAGAGUUGGUGUUUGAUUGUGAAGAGAUUGUUGGAGCCAUAUAAACCUCAGUGGUGUAGAGAUCAUGAGGAUUGGUCCUUUUAUCUCUUUUCCCCUCAAAAUAAGUUUCGUGUUCGCUGUCAGAAGAUCAUCACUCAUAAGAUGUUUGAUCAUAUUGUCCUGUUCUUCAUCUUUUUCAACUGUAUCACAAUCGCUCUAGAGAGACCAGACAUCCAGCCUGACAGCACAGAGCGUGUUUUUCUUAAAGUUUCCAACUACAUCUUCACUCUGAUCUUCGUAGCCGAGAUGACUGUGAAGGUGGUUUCUCUUGGGAUGUAUGCCGGGCCAGGCUCAUACCUGAAGAGUAGUUGGAACGUUCUGGAUGGUUUCCUGGUGUUCGUGUCGAUGGUGGACAUCUUGGUGUCUCUCGCAUCCUCUGGUGGGAACAGAAUCCUGGGAAUCUUGAGAGUUCUUCGACUGCUCAGGACACUGAGACCUCUCAGGGUCAUAAGCAGGGCGCCUGGACUCAAGCUGGUUGUUGAAACGUUGAUCACAUCUCUUCGCCCUAUUGGAAAUAUUGUGCUGAUAUGUUGCGCUUUCUUCAUUGUCUUUGGCAUUCUGGGAGUUCAGCUUUUUAAGGGGAAGUUUUACCACUGUGAAGGCUUUGACACUAGAAAUAUCACUAAUAAAUCGGGGUGCCUUCAGGCUAAAUAUAAAUGGGUCCGCAGGAAGUAUAACUUUGAUAACCUGGGUCAGGCUCUUAUGUCAUUGUUUGUCCUGUCGUCUAAGGAUGGGUGGGUCAGCAUCAUGUAUGACGGAUUAGAUGCAGUGGCCGUAGACCAUCAGCCCAUUAAGAAUCACAAUCCUUGGAUGCUUCUGUAUUUCAUCUCCUUCCUGCUGAUCGUCAGCUUCUUCGUGUUGAACAUGUUUGUCGGCGUGGUUGUGGAGAACUUCCACAAGUGCAGACAAGACCAGGAGGAGGAAGAGGCCCGACGAAGGGAGGAGAAGAGGCAGAAACGUAUGGAGAAGAAAAGGAGGAAGGCUCUACAGAGACCGUACUACGCAGACUAUUCCCCCACCCGCCUCUAUAUUCACACACUCUGCACAAGCCAUUAUCUGGACCUCUUCAUCACCAUCAUCAUCGGCAUUAAUGUCCUCACAAUGUCAAUGGAGCACUACAGACAGCCCAAGUAUCUGGAUGAGGGUCUGAAAUAUUGUAACUACUUCUUCACGCUGGUCUUUGUGAUCGAGGCUGCUCUCAAACUGGUUGCCUUCGGGUUUAGGAGGUUCUUUAAGGAGAGGUGGAAUCAGUUGGAUCUCGCCAUUGUUCUUCUCUCCAUCAUGGGAAUUACUCUUGAGGAAAUCGACCUGAAUGCUUCUCUGCCCAUCAACCCCACCAUCAUACGCAUCAUGAGGGUGCUACGUAUUGCCAGAGUGUUGAAGCUGUUGAAGAUGGCCACAGGAAUGAGAUCUCUUCUGGAUACUGUGGUUCAAGCCCUACCACAGGUGGGUAAUCUGGGUCUUCUCUUCAUGCUGCUCUUCUUCAUCUAUGCGGCUCUAGGAGUCGAGCUAUUCGGAAAACUCGAAUGCACUGACGAGAACCCAUGUGAGGGACUGAGCCGACACGCUACGUUUCAAAACUUCGGCAUGGCUUUCCUCACGUUGUUUCGCAUUUCCACCGGCGACAACUGGAACGGAAUCAUGAAGGAUACCCUGCGGGAAUGUAAAAACAGUGACAAAUGUCUGAGUUAUCUGCCACUUUUGUCACCUCUUUAUUUCGUGACGUUUGUGCUGGUGGCUCAGUUUGUGCUGGUAAAUGUCGUGGUCGCCGUGCUCAUGAAACAUUUAGAAGAGAGCAACAAAGAUGCACGUGAAGAGGCGGAGAUGGACGCGGAAUUGAAGGAGGAGCUACGGGGAAGCAGACGACAAAGCGUCGCCUCUGUGGGUGGGGCCAUUGGGUUGGAGGGUGCAGCUUUUAAAAUGGAGACUGUUUCAUCAGAGCAGGGCAAAGAUCCCAGUUAUGGCAACUUCCUGACAGUAGAAAGGCCAUCCAUAUCCAGGAUGCUGUCUCUGCCCAAUGACAGUUACAUGCUAUAUCCAGUUAAAGCUGAAUACGGGUCUAUCCAGCAGAGAUUUUCCAAACAAGAUUCAGCCUUACCAGGCUCUUCUCCGUCACUUGGCACGCAGCCCUGUGAAGAUGCUACGCUGAUGGAGGUGCCAGGAACUAUGUCUCAGACAAACUUGGCCUCGGUUACUGCGCCUCACCUUCUGACUCAAAGAACAAGAAGAUCCACCAAUGCUAUCAGAAUCCUGCGCAGACAGCAAGCAAUAAAGAGCGACUCAAUCGAUUCUGCAAUCCCUGGUUCCAAAGACAGCCUACAAGUUCCAAGCAAGCCUUGUUCUAGCGAGAAUCUUCAACUUAAAGUACCCAGCAUUUCUCUCGCCGGUGGGUCCGCCCCCUGUUCUCCCCAGACUUCCCCCCCUCCACCUCUCCGCAAUCGACCGGCGAGCGUGCGAACAAACAGACAGGUGUACAGUCAAUGCAGCAUCCCGCGCCGCCAGGCUACAAACCUGAACCGAUCUACACAAGCACUUGAAGUAAUGGAUGGAAAUGCACAAACAAACACAGAGGGUUUGGGUGACUCUGACGACGUAAACUCUUUUCAAAAAGGAGCUCCUAUGCAUCUUUCCCCGUACGCAUCAUCCCUUUUUUGUUCGGAUGCCCAAUCUCAGACCUCAGCGGUUACCCGCCUACAAGAACCCAGUAGUUAUAGUCUAAGAAAAUACAAUAGCAUGGAAAAUAACGGCUUUUUGUCGGCCCAAUUUGGCACUCCUCGUCGUCACUCGAUGCAUGGGGAGGAGCUUAUUCUUCAACAGCAGCCAAUAAAGGCACCACAUCCCGGACCUAUACCCAAGAAGGAGAAAAUGAGCCCACCCUGCAUCUCUAUUGACCCGCCCACAGAGGCGGAAUUUCAAUCCCAAACGGUCAGCCAGGAAUGCAGCUCAGUUUUACGAAGGCGGACCCCGUCGUUUGACUCGGCGUUACCACGUGAGUCGUUAGAUCUUACGGAGCCCCUCCCACAGGACGAACCUCAUUUGCCGAGUCAUUUGCCCCUCCCACAAUUCUCUUUCGAUCAAUCAGACGUAAGUUCUUUGAGCAGUCUGUCGGAACUGCUUUCAGAUAGUGACCAAUCAACGCACUCCCUCCAUCCUGAAGCCCGGUCGGGGUUUACGGGAACCACGGGAGAAGCUCAGAGCCCACUCAGGAAGAAGGUCUUGGUCAGAAUGGCCAGCACUAGGGAUCCAGGAAAUGACGAUUCAGUUGCCUAGGCAACCGUACAGGAAGUUACCGUACUUAUGCGUCCGCCUCUUCGCGAAGCAUUUCAAGGUGGUGUCGGUCGCAGUAUGCAAUGUGUUUCUGAUUGGAACUUGUCUUUUUUUGCCUGAUCAUAUUGAUUAGGGUUUUCAGACUUUUAGUAGUAUUCAUUACAGACAUUGAUAUUGUGAAGUUUUAUGUGACAUCAAUCCUCUUUGAAUCCUCGUUCCAAUCAUGAUAUACUGCACUUUACAGUGCGAUUUUAACCCUCAUGUUCUGUUUGGGGUCUGGAAGAAGACCUCGUUUAUAGAAAUGGUUCAAAAAACGAAUAAUAAUAUAAAUCUGGCAUCAUGUUGCACCACCUUUUUAUGCUGUUGUUAUUUAUUAAAGGCGACAUAUCAUGAAAAUCUGACUUUUUCCAUGUUUAAGUGCUAUAACUGGGUCUCUAGUGCUUCUAUCAAGCUAGAAAAUGUGAAAAGAUCAACGCGGUAACUUAGUUUUGGUAAACCAUUCUCUGCAAGCAGGAAAAAAUAGGUCAUUGAAAUUUGGCUCCUCUUGUGAUGUCAGAAGGGGAUCUUAUUAUAAUAAUACCACCCAUUAAUCUGCACUAUCCAACCACGGCACUGCCAUUAAGUGCAGAAAAAGAGAGCGAAAGAGAGAAUGAAAAUAAUUUACAGCAAACAUUGAUCAUUAUGGUGAUCAAUGUUUGCUUUUCAUCCGCUCAUUUGCAUUUAAAAAGACCCUCACACCUAUAAGUGUCUAAUUUAACAUGCUAUAAUAAAUUAUCUAUAUGGUAUUUUGAGCUAAAACUUCACGUAUGUACUUUGAGGACACCAAAGAUUUAUUUUAGAUCUUAAAAAAAGUCUUGUGAAAUGUCCCCUUUAAGAAGGAAUGCACCAAUAUAUCUGCCUAUUAUCCGUAUCGGCAGAUUAAAGCAAUUUAAAUAUUGGACAUCGGACAAUUGUUUCAAAACAUUUGAUGAUCAGUACAGAUAAUACAAAUUUUAAAUAUGUAUCAAGGAGUUAAAAGCAAAACUAUCGGUAUGUAUCGCUAUCAGUAGAUGUCAUUCUAAGUGAUUAAAUAUCGGUAUGGACAUAGAAAUGUAGUGAUCAGGUCUGUUGAUCUCUUUUUGGAAUUUGACAUGAAAAGACUAAGAAGAUGGUAAAAAAACAAUGCUUGAAAUGACAGGUGAGUAAAUAUAGAGAUAUUUUAUGUAUCAUCACUUUUCCGAAUCAUAUGAGAACUGAUUUAAGACUAAAUUUUACACUUGUUUAAAACAUUCACAUAUGCAUGUUUUCAAAUUUUCAGAUUGUACAUGCUAAAGCUGAGGUAUUUUGAAUUGUUUUAUUGUACAUUUCAAUUCUGUUUUUGCUAGGGUUGAUUUGAGCCCAAACCAAAGGAAUGUUACUAUACUGGAUAUAAUUCACAUUUCAGAGGAAUAUAUCAAACCAAUUUGAAGUGAUUUUAUUUACUUCAUUUUAAAAUGUCUAUUACCCAACUUAUCAGAAGUUGUCUUAACAGGCAAUCUUAACAGAACAUGUGGGUUAUAUACUGUAUCGGGUGUGCUGUAUUUUCCAGUUCCCUUAUGUCAUAUAACUGAUUCACAAUAAAGUCAUACCUGUAACACCCUGUUGUCUUACAAAGUAUACAAUAUUUAUAGAAAUCUUUUAGCUAAAAACAUAUGCAUGGGAAUAAUGCAGAUUGUGUAGCUGAAUGAAUGAACGGAUUAUGUACAUACGUGUGGCAUGUGAUAUUUUUGUAAAAGGGUUCGAGUUUUCAUCCUGUUGGCCUUCAGGAGGGAAUAAAGUCAAAUGUUCUAGGUCUAAUACAAGCUAAGCUCCAUUGAUAACUCUGACAUACUGUCGAUUAGCACAGAUGAUACCUCUGUGUUAGUUUUUUUAAUCGAGUAAAAAAUUGUACCCCACAGAUCAUUUGUUAUAGCAUGUCCAAAAUGCCCCUUUUUGGGUGGGAGCAAAAAAUGUGUAUACCUUUUCAUGUGUGUACCUUUAAAUGUAAAUGAGCUACGGCUCCUCACUCCCUUAUAAACAGACAGUGAGUGCAUUUGGUUAAAAAUAGAUCACGUUAAAGAUAGAUUACAAUCUGAGACAACAGUAUCUUUAGCCAUAUAAGCUACCAAACACAUUUAGGUUAAAUUAACCAGUCAGUCAGUGGUCGUGGGCGGGCUAUAUCAGUGUGACAUCACAUUAACAAGAGAAUCAAAACAGCAUGUCUAAUGAGAUUGCUGUGGUUUGUAGGGAUUAAAAACAAAGAAGAGGGUGGAUUAAUUGUAAGGUCUUUGUGUUCACACACUGCCAAUACACAUUUACAGCGGGGAAAAUAAGUAUUUAACGCAUCAGCAUUUUUAUCAGUAAGGGGAUUUCUAAGUGGGCUAUUGACACGAAAUUUCCACCAGAUGUAAUCAUCAAGCCAAAUAUUGAAUUCAUACAAAGAAAUCAGAACAUUUAAGUAUACAAGUUGAGUCAUAAUAAAUAAAGUGAAAUUUAUUAGACCAACACAAAGAUCUGAUUUCUAAUAUAGUUUUUUAAUUUUAACUCAUUCACCGCCAGCCUUUUUGAGAAAAGUUGCCCACCUGCAUUUUUGUGAUUUUAACAAAAUUUUCACAAAAUUCCUUGCAGGAAAAAUUAUUUUCUAUAAAUAUAUAAACAUACAAAUUAUAUCAAAUUAAAGAACACACCCUCUGCUUUCAAACAAACAAUAAACAAACAAACAAACAAACAAAAUAGGGAAAAAAGGUUUCAUUAUAUAUUUACUUUUUUUACUUAAUUUAACCACUGAAAUAUGGAUAUUUCUCUUCAAAAAUACAACAUUUUGAGCAAAAAGCAAAAAAAUAGCGUUUUUGUAAAGAAAUUUAUGUUAGAGAUCAGACUCAGAAUGACUAUCAAACAUAAAGGCAGUUAAAAUAAAUCAUUAAAUCUUUUUAACUUCCGUUUUUGAUAAAUUCGGUUUCUGGUGGAUAAAAGCGGUAUUACACUUUCACUUUGAAAUUCGUCCAGAAAGGCAUAUUUAUUAGUUAAAUAUGAACUCAUAAAUGACGAGAUAACUCAUCAAUGGCGGUGAAUGAGUUAAUAAAAACCAGGGGACCCCCUUAAUUUAUAUUUUUGUGCUUUAUGGGGGGUCCCUCAAAGUUUAUAGGAGGUCCGGGACCCCUCUAGACCCCUCAAUUCGAACACAAAUCAAUGCGUUUGAAGAAGGCAGGAUAUCUGAAGAAAAUGUACGGUAUGUGAAAAAUAAUUUUUAAAGUUUUUUGAACCAUAAACCACGCGAACACAUUGUAUUAUAGCAAAUACACAAACGUUGUAUAAAAUAGGUGCACUUUAAAAUCCUCUUAACUGCCUUGCAUGCCCCAUAUACUUCCACUGUAAGUGAAUUACAGUCGCAGAUGCUGUCAAAAGAGAUUAACUUGUAUUAUUGUGACCCUAGACCACAAAACCA